AUGCGAUUCAAAUCAAAUAUUUCAUUGAUUUUUUCGUUAAAAUUAUUCUGUUUUGCACAAGAAAUUCAAUCAAAAACCUUACCAUCAUCAUUAUUGAAUCAAACAAUUUCAGUAAAUAAUAAUGAUAAAAUACGUACGAUUACAAAUCGUAUGUUGAACAAUGUGCGAUGUUCAUUCUAUCAAAAAGCAAUCAUUCCAAUGAAAAGAAUAUUUAAUUUAUCCGUAACAAUACCAUCGGAUAUACCUGAACAAUGUAAAAAGAAUGGUCCCGAAUCAAUAACAUUGAAUUUAAAUGUAACUAAUGAUGAAAAUGGUGGGGAUGGUGGUGCAUUACCAAAUGAAACCGAAUCAAUACAAUCGAUCGAUUUGAAUGAUGAUGAUAAAUUGGAUGAUGGUAUUAUAUCAUCUAAAGAAUUUAAUCAAUCAAUUUCAGAAGCCGAAAUACCAAUCAGAUUUGAUGAUAAUGAAUCAAAUGAUAACAAUGAUGAUAAGGUAAUCGAUGCAGAUAAGAAUCGAAAUUCGUGACAACAAUUUGUUGUUUGGGCAAAUCAAUCAACAAACAAACAAAAAAUCAUUCAAUCGAAACACAAAAAAAUGGAUCAUACAGUUGAAUGAUUACAGCAUCAUGUUGAUGAUGACCAUU